AUGUCAAGCCGGAUCAAUCUUUUCAGAUCAUUAUUUACAUCAAACUCACUUAAAUAUGGAAUACCAAAGAAAAACAAACUACCUCCAAGACCUAAACAUUUAAUUAAAGAGGAGGAUAUAGAGGAAAAAUUUUUGCAUGGAGGGAGGGGACCUGGAGGUCAAAAAAUUAAUAAAACGAAUAGCAAAGUUCAAUUAACACAUAUUCCUACAGGUAUGGUGGUAUCUUGUCAAGCAACUAGAUCUCAAGAACAAAAUAGAGCGAUUGCAAGAGAGAAACUAGCUUUAAAAUUGGAUGAUUUUUAUAAUCCUGGAACUAGCAGAAAUGCCGUGCUAAUGGAAAGAGCUCAAAAAGUGAAACAAAGUAAGUCUAAAAAGUCCAAUCGGAAAUACAAAAAAGUUGAAGAUGAAAAUAUACAGAAACAAAUGGAAUUAUCAAAACUAGAAGAAUCGUUAAACAUAAAAGACAUUGAUGAUGAAUUUGAUGACUUUAUCAAAAAUGCUAAAGUGGAUUUAUAG